ACAGGUUCAUUCGUUCAAAGACGGCGGAAAUGCAAGCAGGUGGUUUUGGCAACAGAUGAAUACGGAUUUAAUUUUCGAUCAGCUAGGUUUAGCCGAAGUAGGGAUAAUGUUAAGAGUUUAAAUCUAUUUUACUUCAUCAAAGGGAACGUUGUAUUGUUCAAUAUAAAAACAAAUAUGAAUCGGCUUGGUGACUGGGGGUUUAAAUCGAAGAAAAUGGAAUUGGAAGAUGAUUUCUAUUUCGAUUAUGAUACAGAGGAAAUAACAAAUUAUCAAGACCCCAGUGAACUUUUAGCUGCUUUGAAACAAAAGGAGGAAGAGGUUAUUUUGGCAGCGCAGCUGGGAAACGCAUUGCUUUUGGAAAAUCGUCAGUUAAAAGAAGAGAGCCAAACUAUUCAUGAACAAUACGCAGACAAGUUUGAGGAGCUGGAGCAGGGCAAACAUGAUCUGAGGUUGAAGCUGGAGGGCUGUCAGUCCCUGUGGGAGAGCCAGGUGGGGGACCUGGAGAGGGACGUGAGGGAGCUGAGUGUCCAGGUGGAGCAGCUGACCCAGGCCCUGAGCACAUCAGAGAGAGACAUGACCAGGGCCCAGCAGGAGCACCAAGAACAUAUGCAACGCCUUAGAGAGCAGCUGAACACUGCAAUGGAGGUGGAGAGAGCAAUGACCGGUGAGCUCCAGGUCCUGAAACAUGAGCUCAGGCAAGGGAGCCAGAGCAGGCCUCAGGACGAGGAGCUGCUGAGCGCCAUGAGGGAGCAGGUUGUUCGUCUCACACAGAGAGAGCAGGCCCUGGAGGAGCGUCUGAACAGUGUGUGUCAGGAGAACGCAGACCUGCGUGAUAGCCUUGCCUCCCUACACACCCGGCUUGCACUGCAGGACCAACACAACCAACACCAGAGCCAACAGCUGACGGAGGCAUGGAGGGAGGUGGAGGCAGCCAGGGAUCGCUCCCAGGAGCUGCAGGCCCAGGUGGAAGAGCUGCAGGAGGAGGUGUCCCUUCAGGAGAGCUGUAACCGUGGAGACACUUCCCUACUGUCUGAACUAGAGACUAGUCUGGAGACCAUUGGCCAUUGCCUCAGUAGAGAGCAGAUGGCCCAGGACUUGUCUACCAUCCUGGAGCUGCUACUGCCUCUGACCCAGGAAGUGAUGAACCCAGAGGGGUUACGGGUCUUACGUCAGGGGGAAGAACCGCAGGCUAUGCUACUCCAGCUGAAGGAUGUAGCUCAAUACCUGGCACACACCCACAGCCUCCAGGAGCUGAAUUCGGCCUUUGUGAGCGGAGGGAGCGAUCCGUGUGGGAAGCCAAGCAUGGUGCAGGAGCUGAGGGAUCAGAAUUCACAACUGCAAGAGGAGAACGCAAAAAUGAGACUCCAGCUUGGGAACAGACAAGAGGAAGGAGUUGUUCAGCAAGCCAUCAGAGACAGAGAUGAAGCCAUAACAAAGAAGAACUUGAUGGAGGCAGAGCUAAUUCGAAGUAAGAGUGACAUGAUGUGUCUGAACAACCAGCUCCUGGAGGCCAUCCAACGCAAAUUGGAGCUGUCUCAGGAGCUGGAGGAUUGGCAGGAUGACAUCCAGAUCAUUAUCAACCAACAGCUGAGGACCCAGCAGCAGUCAGAGCAGGUCCAGAAGAAGCCCUCCAACUCCAUGUCCUUCUUCCAUAGGCCCAGCAUGGCCUCCACCAGGGUCCGUCAGCCCUCCUCCUCCCCAUCGUGGACCUCAGAGGCUGGACAGGACAAGCCCCAAUCCCCCUGGAUGGACUGGCUCAGACGGGGCAAGGUGGCACAGCAUGGCAAAUAAUCCAGGCUGGUGCUUCUCCAUAAAGGACUGGCACAUGGAGCCACUUACACCAGCUGGCAGGUCUAGAUCUGAAAGGACUACAGCUUGAGGUUGCUGGAGUUAGAUGUUGUGGUAGAUACAGUGCCAAGCAGUUCCAGGACUCAGUAGUGGUCCUUGAGUUCAGAGGAUUCCACAUGGUCAUUGUAAAAAAAGUUGAGCCAUUAAGGACAACACUAGUGAAGUCUGGCAUCUUAUUGUAUUCUGUUCAUUUCAACAAUUCAGUUGUAUUCAACAAAUCAAUUGAGCUACAAAUUAUUUGUAACUCACCUCGUCAGGCAACCCCAUCUUCUGUUCUAUUUCACUAGAUAAUUCAUUAAAUUCACUGUAGUGGGCUGGAUGAUUCAAGGUUUGGUUGCCAUGUGUCAAUGACAUCCUUCCAAGUACUGGCAUGGGGGAACUGUUUAAAUAAACAUGACCAUGGUCAGAGAAUCACUAAGAAAUAAUUUUGGAGGUUGUGCCUUUUGUUUCAUGAUAAUAAUUUUGUUUCAUUUGUAAAGUCAUUUGUGCCUGAGACUGUAAAUGUACCAUACAUUUGUAUGGGAGUCAGGUGGCUGAGCGGUUAGGGAAGCGGGCUAGUAAUCUGAAGGUUGCCAGUUCGAUUCCUGGCCAAGCCAAAUGACGUUGUGUCCUUGGGCAAGGCACUUCACCCUACUUGCCUCGGGGGAAUGUCCCUGUACCUACUGUAAGUCGCUCUGGAUAAGAGUGUCUGCUAAAUGACUAAAUGUAAAUGUAAUUGCAUUGUAUUUCAACUGACCAGAUACACAGCAGAAAUCUAAACUAUCACAUAAUACCUCUAAUUGACAUAUGACUAUGAAUUCUGUCAAGAUGUGAAAAGAUUUGCGAAUGUAGCUAUCAUGUAUUCAGAAACAAAAUGAACAUAAAUAAUUCUAUAUGGCUAAUUUCUCAAUAUUAAUGUUAGGGAGAGACACUAUUUGACAACCCUUUAAUGAAAUGCAUGUAAGAUAUUGUAUUCUAUACAUAGAAACUGUUCUUUUUGCAAUUGUAAUGGCUGAAUUGAUUGUCAUACGCUAUUUGAAAGAUGGAGAAAAUGUAGAUUUUACUAAAUGCUUGAUGUACUGUAUUUAUAUUGACUUAUCACUGGAAGCUUUUGGAUGAACAAGGCAAUUCAUUCCAUGGAGCAAGGUCAUAGCUAUUUGGACACAAGACAGCAUUCAAGUAUGCAUACAAUGUACUUGCACAUAUAUAUAUAUACAGGUAGUUGACUUUGACAAUAUGCAACAACAAAAAAGCCUUAGAAGGACACAAAUGUAACAUUUUAAUAUCUGCUAAAUAUAUAUCUCUGUAUUAUGAUGGAUACUGUACUUGGUGUUGAACAUGUAUUCACGUAAAGUACACAAUAGGCAUAUUUACUGUCCAAAAAGUCAAUUAAGAGACUGUAUGUUUUGCAGGCCAAUCACUUACAUAUGUGUCAUGAGUCUUGACCAUUUCAAUGGCACUGUGCUCAUGUGUGUCUGUAUGAAUUUAUCUCACUCUGAUUGUCCCAACUCACCAGGUUACUUACAACUAAUUUGAUUGUAGUAGUGUACUUUGAGUGUAGUUUUUUCUAAGCCAAACUUUCACUUUCAGGAGGCAUUCCAGAGCAUUUGGUCAGUUGGGCCCCUACGCAUUCCAGUUUUUAUUCAGUCCUUCCAUGUGAUACAUCAAGGCCGUAAUCAUAAUACAUAUUGGGGGACACACAUCCCCCCCCCCAAUAUUCAAAUCUGGUCCAAAUGUCCCCCCCAAUAUAUUGAUAUAAAAAUAUAAAUGAGCUACGCUACGACAGGCAACCAAAAUUAUCAAAUUGAAUUUGUCCCCCCCAAUGUUGACUCCAUGGCUACGGCCUUGUGAUACAUCCCGUACCGAUGUGAUAAACUAGACAAAUGAUAGUUUCUCUUUGAUCACUUAGACCAUGUUUCGAGUAACAUAGUAUAUAUUUGGAACGAGAGAUUUCCCAUCUAAGGAUAUUGGUUGUUUGAGUUUGACUAUUUCUUUAACUUCAAACUCCCACUUCUUUACCUAUAGGGGUCGCUGAAUCCUUUCAGCUAUUACAUGUUUCCACAACCUCAUGGUGGUGUUUACCAGUUAGACUACUGGUGUUUACCAGUUAGGGUACAGGUGUUUACCAGUUAGACUACUGGUGUUUACCAGUUAGACUACUGGUGUUUACCAGUUAGGGUACAGGUCAGAGAUAUGACGUUAUAUAAGAAUAAUCUCUUUCACUGUCACUAAGGUGUUGGGUCUACUGUGCAUUUUGGAUUUAAGAUGGUCUUGUAGCAGGCUUGUCUUGGCUCACCUAGCUGUAUGUUGUUACUGUACAUUUGUUUCACUUUGAUCAUAUAUGUACUCUAUUUUUGUUUUUUGUAACCCAUUUUACUAUGAAUUUAAGUAGUAUUCUUUGUGUUCGUUAAAUUUUUCUUUAUUAAAUCAGAAAAGCAAAUGUUUGUGGUUCACACACAGAUUCUGUGUUUGCACUGCAAUCAAGUCAGACCUUUCCAGGAAGGCUACAGCAUGACUUAAUCAAUUAACCUGUCUGAAGAGCAAU